AUGACCGUCUUAGAACAUCAACCUUAUUCCUAUCAGUCCACCUCCAGUAUCCGCAGCCUUAUUCCUAUCAGUCCACCUCCAGUAUCCACAGCCUUAUUCCUAUCAGUCCACCUCCAGUAUCCGCAGUCUUAUUCCUAUCAGUCCACCUCCAGUAUCCGCAGCCUUAUUCCUAUCAGUCCACCUCCAGUAUCCACAGCCUUAUUCCUAUCAGUCCACCUCCAGUAUCCGCAGCCUUAUUCCUAUCAGUCCACCUCCAGUAUCCACAGUGUUAUUCCUAUCAGUCCACCUCCAGUAUCCACAGCCUUAUUCCUAUCAGUCCACCUCCAGUAUCCGCAGCCUUAUUCCUAUCAGUCCACCUCCAGUAUCCGCAGCCUUAUUCCUAUCAGUCCACCUCCAGUAUCCGCAACCUUAUUCCUAUCAGUCCACCUCCAGUAUCCACAGCCUUAUUCCUAUCAGUCCACCUCCAGUAUCCGCAACCUUAUUCCUAUCAGUCCACCUCCAUCCACCUCCAGUAUCCACAGCCUUAUUCCUAUCACAGUCCACCUCCAGUAUCCGCAGCCUUAUUCCUAUCACAGUCCACCUCCAGUAUCCGCAGCCUUAUUCCUAUCAGUCCACCUCCAGUAUCCACAGCCUUAUUCCUAUCAGUCCACCUCCAGUAUUCACAGUGUUAUUCCUAUCAGUCCACCUCCAGUAUCCGCAGCCUUAUUCCUAUCAGUCCACCUCCAGUAUCCACAGUGUUAUUCCUAUCAGUCCACCUCCAGUAUCCGCAGCCUUAUUCCUAUCACAGUCCACCUCCAGUAUUCACAGCCUUAUUCCUAUCAGUCCACCUCCAGUAUCCACAACCUUAUUCCUAUCAGUCCACCUCCAGUAUCCACAGUGUUAUUCCUAUCAGUCCACCUCCAGUAUCCGUAG